UUGAAACUUCUUGCCCUUCAAUGAUUUUAUACCUCUCAAUAUUUUCCCCAUCUUGUUGGCUUUUGCAGUUCAGCUGUCAGACACCUGCUGCCUUCUGUUUCUCAUAUUGCGUCAGGUGUACAGAACAAAUAGCCUGCUGAUAUUUUUAGCUUUCUCAGUUGCUCUCAUUUGCUGAAGUCCUGCAGGGUGCUACAGAAAUGGCUAAUCUGGAGCAUGCAAUUUAAGACAGGUCAUAUGACCCGCCCUUGUGCCAUGAAGAGUCCAGAUCUCCAGUCCUCCUUGUCUUCAGGUGGGACCGAGGCCCUGAGAGGAAGUCACUUACCAGAGUGUCAGACCAGUGAGACCCAAUCCUCCUGUCCCCUCUCCUCAUGUGCUUGUCUGAGUGGGCCCCACACUGACCAGGAGCGAAUUCACGUGCCAGGGCUAAUGAGUAGCCGGAACCAAGAGGAAAUUGCAGUGUCCUAAAGUUGUAAAAUCCAGAAAGAAGUUGUGGUCAGCUUCCCUUGAAGAGGCAGAAGUUCAGAAAUUUAAGUGACUGACCUGGGUCCCAGUCCAUGACAGAGCACAGCGGUGAACCAGCCCCGGCUCCGGCGCCUCUCACUGGCCCACGGCGCUGCCUCGGAAGCAGAGGAUCUGGGUGAUCUGCAGAGUGCACGGUCGGGCUGUGGGAGGCCAGAGUACUAUCUGCAGACCACUGGCGGCUCUGCCGGGUAGCCAGCAGCAGUGAGCUGGAGGGGCCGAGCCAACACUAGACUGUGGCUGUCUUGGUCCCCAGGGUAGUCCCAGCACCUAGCCUAUGACACAUACAGGUGCACAGUAAAUGUUUGUUAAAUGAAAGAACAUAAAAGAAACAUUAUUGAUUAUAGAACAAAUAGAAUAGUUGCUUUCUC